AUGGAGCUUCAAGUUAUCGACGAUGGCAUUCACCUCUCUGCAUACAGACCUAGAAUUCUUCAAUCGGUGACAAACGGAGAGACAACACCUGCAGGCUAUGAGUCCGAUUAUUACAAUCACUACGGAGAUUGCAGUCAAGUUGAGUCCUGUGGGUCGGCUGUCCAAAGUGGCUAUGAAACCCUUGAUGCCCCACCAAACUAUGACUUCUACACAAACACAGAAGUUUUUGGACGACGAAAGCACUUCAGGCCAUCUCUCUACCAGCUGUAUGCCAAACCUGAGGAUGACUCUCAACCUCCAAUGUAUGAAGAGACAACACAUGGAGGCAUGCAAGGCGAGAGUUCUGAGGAAGAAGAGGAGCAAAAGGAUCCCCUGCCUGAACCAACUCGAUUUGGCUGGGUUCAUGGAGUAAUGAUCCGCUGCAUGUUAAACAUUUGGGGGGUGAUCUUGUACCUCAGACUACCUUGGAUUACGGCACAGGCUGGUAUAGGUCUGACCUGGGUAAUCAUUCUUCUGUCCUCUUGUAUAACUGGCAUCACCGGGCUCUCUACAUCAGCCAUCGCUACCAACGGCAAAGUCAAAGGAGGUGGGACCUAUUUUCUGAUCAGUCGUAGCCUUGGGCCAGAGCUUGGAGGGUCCAUUGGUCUGAUUUUUGCCUUUGCCAAUGCUGUAGCUGUGGCCAUGCACACCGUGGGUUUUGCUGAGACAGUUGUAGACCUCAUGCAUGAAAAUGGCGCUGUGAUGGUCAACCGAAUCAAUGACAUCCGCAUCAUUGGGGUCAUCACUGUUACAUGUCUUCUUGCUAUCUCAAUGGCGGGAAUGGCAUGGGAGUCAAAGGCCCAGGUUCUCUUUUUCCUUGUUAUCCUGGUGUCAUUUUCUAGUUACAUUGUUGGAACCAUCAUUCCUCCGUCACCACAGAAACAGGCCAAAGGUUUUUUCAGCUAUAAAGCGGACAUUUUUACAACCAAUUUUGUUCCCAAUUGGCGGGGGCGCGAGGGCAGCUUUUUCGGCAUGUUCUCUAUUUUCUUUCCUUCUGCAACUGGGAUCCUUGCAGGAGCUAACAUCUCUGGAGAUUUGAAGGAUCCAGCAGUGGCCAUCCCCAGAGGAACACUAAUGGCUAUAUUCUGGACCACCUUGUCAUACCUCAUAAUCGCUGCUACCAUUGGUUCCUGUGUGGUCAGGGAUGCAUCCGGACUGUUAAAUGACACCUUGUCCUCUUCCUCUUCGAGCAAGAAUUGUGUUGAAUUAGCUUGUCAGUAUGGUUGGGACUUCAGUGACUGCAUCAAGAACAACACAUGUAUCUUUGGCAUUAGUAAUUACUAUCAGUCAAUGAGUAUGGUGUCAGCCUUCGCUCCACUCAUCACUGCAGGUAUAUUUGGUGCAACACUUUCUUCUGCGUUGGCCUGCCUAGUGUCAGCACCAAAGGUGUUUCAGUGUCUUUGCAAGGACAAGCUCUACCCUCUCAUUGGCUUCUUUGGCAAAGGAUAUGGCAAAAAUAAUGAAGCACUGCGAAGCUAUCUCUUGGCAUACAUUAUUGCUGUCUGUUUCAUUCUCAUUGCCGAGUUGAACACGAUAGCUCCGAUUAUCUCCAACUUCUUUCUCUGCUCUUACUGUUUGAUCAACUUUAGCUGCUUCCACGCCUCAAUCACCAACUCACCUGGUUGGCGUCCUUCCUUCAGGUUCUACAAUAAAUGGCUGUCUUUGCUGUGCGCUAUGUGUUGUCUAGUUAUCAUGUUCUUGUUGACUUGGUGGGCAGCUCUCAUUGCUUUUGGUGUUGUCUUGCUCCUAUUGGGAUACACACUCUACAAAAAGCCCACUGUGAACUGGGGCUCAUCAGUGCAAGCCAGCUCCUACAACAUUGCACUGAAUCAGUGUAUAGGCCUAAACCAAGUAGAAGACCAUGUGAAAAACUACAGACCACAAUGUUUGGUGCUGACAGGACCUCCCAGCAGUCGGCCAGCCCUAGUGGAUCUUGUCAGCUGUUUGACAAAGAAUCUUAGUCUCAUGAUGUGUGGCCAUGUAGUUACUCCUGAUCUUGCUCCACGAGUUCAAAGUGAAAGUCACAAUUUGUGGUUGCAUCAAAGAAAGGUUAAGUCCUUUUACAAAAAUGUGAUGGCUGAAGACCUCCGAUCAGGGGUGAACAUGCUGUUACAGGGAGCAGGUUUGGGUCGGAUGCGACCCAAUGUCCUGCUGAUGGGCUUCAAGACAGACUGGCACAGUGACUCACCUAAGGCCACACACAGUUACAUAGAGAUAUUGCAGGAUGCAUUUGACUUUCAGUAUGGCGUGUGUGUGCUAAGAAUGAGAGAGAGAUUGGAUGUCUCCCAUUUAUAUCAGUCACACGUAAAUCCCUGCUUUGAUGGAGUACCUGAAACCAUAAACACCACUUACACUACAACUGGAAUUAACAUUUCACCACCUGUGCCCAUUGAUCCAGAUCCUCUGCUAAGUAGGCCUUCACUUUUCCGGAAAAAACAAGGGCGAAAGACAAUUGAUGUAUACUGGCUGUCAGAUGAUGGAGGUCUUACCCUGCUGCUCCCAUACCUGCUAACUCGGAGGAAGCGCUGGGCAAAAUGUAAAGUCCGAGUGUUUGUGGGAGGAGACGCUUUCAACAAGGAUGAGAGGAGAGAAGAGGUCAUGACACUAAUCAAGAAGUUCCGCCUUGGUUUCAAUGAUGUGACGGUGCUUCCUGACCUCUUUCAAAAACCACAGCCUGGAAAUAUUCAUCAGUUUGAGAAUAUGGUGAGUUCCUUCAAAGUGGAUACAAACCCCAAAAAUGAGUCUGAUUACGGCUCAGCAAGAGUACAAGAUGAGCCCUGGUGGAUCACUGACCAGGAUCUGGACAGGAACAGAGCCAAGUCUUUCCGUCAGAUUCGUCUAAACGAGAUUCUGCAGGAUGUCUCCCAUGAAGCCGGUCUGAUUGUUAUCACCAUGCCAGUCGGAAGAAGAGGUGUGUGUCCAAGUAUCCUGUACCUGGCAUGGCUGGAAUUCCUGUCACGUGACUUAAACCCUCCUGUCCUGUUGGUCAGAGGAAACCAAGAAAAUGUUCUGACAUUCUACUGCCAAUGA